AUGUAUCGCGCAACAGUGGAGCAGCAACUACGAGAAGAACAGAAAGAAAAGGAGGAGCUGCUUGCUGUGGUGCACGCCGAGCAAGACCGGAUGCGUCGCGAACAGGAGGCUUGGAACGAACAGUUAGCUGACGGUCAGAGGCGUAUGCAUGCGAUGAUGAAUUUUAUCAAAGCACGAGAGGCGGCCGAGAAGGCAGCUGCAGAACGGAUGCAGGCGAUGCAGGCAGCACUUGCCGAGGCAGAGGAACAACGGCAGCAUGAGCUUGCUGAGGCAGAGGCCAGGCACGCAGGGAGCGCGAAGAGGCAAACAGAGCUUGCCCAACUAAUGUCCAAGAUUGGCGGAUCGAUUCAUACGCCUGCUUCGCACCCUGAAGGGGAGCCUACUGGUACUAUGGGCCCGAAUCAGAGAGCUAUGUCUUCCCCGCCAACUUCUUCCAGGGCUUACCGCUUGACCGACCAAGAAUUGCAAAGUCUUCGUUGCAAUGGCAGGAAGAAGAACGCCUGGCAGACCCUACAUGCUCUGAAUAUGGAUCCAGAUCCAACCGGACCACAACCUCCAAUAACUGCUUCCCCACCCGCUCCAGAGGCCCUCGAGGAGGCUCUGGAUGAGGUUCUGGAGCAGUUUGCCCCGGGGUCCCUUGGGACCGGCUACCGCCCAAUCAGCAGGGAAACUCGUCGCAAACAACCCAAUGUUGCCAAUGAAUGCAAAGAAGAGUAUACAAAACUGAAAGAAAGAAAUCCAGAGGUGCAUAAGGACUAUCUGGAUCUUUGCAGAGAGACAGUGCGUAAGGCCUUGGAUAUCAAGAUGGACAGCGACAUUGCAAUGAAGCCGCGAGCUGACACAAUCGCAGUGGAGGCUUACAAUGAUGGGGGUCCCGAUGGUCCUGACCGUGACAACCUUUGCAUUGAUAUGGGGGCUGCAGUGAAGGAUUCCCAAUGGAAUCAGCGGCUCGUCGAGAUCCUUGUGGAGAGGGCCCAUAUACUCUGCGACCAGCGGCUAGCAAGGGGCUACUCAAUGGAGGCGCAUGCUGAUUGGAUUGACCACCUUCGUGGUGAAUGGUGGUCAGUGCAGCCCAAGUACGGGAGGGAUGGUACGGUAGAGGAUCAGGAUGAACUCUGUGGCCGUUUGCAAACAAAAUAUAGCGGUACUCACAAGAAAGCAGGUGCACACCCGGCGCCGUGGGAUCAGACUAUAACCAUCAAGUCCGAGAGAGGCGAGCUGGACACCCUGUUCUGGACCUACUUAAGGUCCAUCAUAGUUUGGUAUGGAGAAGACGGUAUGAGCUCAGAUGAUACGGAUGAGGAAACCGACGGCUUUCGCGUCCGCAAGAUGUCUUGGCGGCGAGAUAUCGAGAGGGAGCUGAAGAUUGUUGACGACCAACGGGACGCGGAUGGUAUCAAAGACAACUGCGGCUCCAAGCCAGCACCUAGGUCUCGCGGCGAGCCUUGUGGAACCACUCAGCGACAACCGCCUGUUCGACUUCCUUCUAGUUUCUAUGACUCUCAGUGGCUAAACGAUCCGCAGCAUGGCGUGCUGAGAAGGGACAGAUCCCUUGGUAUUGCAGAACAGCUGGAUUGUUUGCACAUCCAUGCGUGUAAUGUCAGAGUAACCGCGCUCGAGCGGGCCAUCGAACUUCAGGAUAAGUACGCUACAUCCCGCCGAGCUCUUCGAAUUUGUGUACCACACUUGCAGUGGUGGCCGCCUACCCUGCUGUGGGAUGCUGACUUCAUUGAUAUCGGAUAA